AGGGCAAUUUUUCUUAUGAAUAUAGACACAAAAUUUCGAAACAAAAUAUUAGUAAAUAAAAUCCAGCAAUAUAUAGAAAGGAUAAUACAUCCAGACUAACUUUGAGUUUGUUCUAACAAUGCAAGAUUGUCUUAACACUAAAAUUGAUUAAUGUAAUGACCAGUAUUUCUUAAAAAAGUAAAGGAGGGAAUUCAUGUUAGUAUCUCAAUACAUAAGGAAGAAAAAAAAGAAUUUGAUAAAAUUCAACAUUUAGUAAUCAAGAAAAUGAAAUAAAGGUAUAAGGAUUGGAAAAAAGAAAUAAAACCAUUAUUAGAUCUGGGUAAUCUGACUGUGUACAUAGAAAAUAAAAAGGAAUCUACAAACUGUAGAAUUACUAAAUUAGUUUAGCAAGGUUGCUCAGUGCACACUAAAUAUAUAAAAUUUAAUUUAAUUUCUACAUAUAUAUGUAUAUGCCACAUAGAAGUAUGUAAUAUUAUUUUCAAAGCUUCAAAAGUAUCAGAUGCCUACAAGUAAAUCUCACAAAAUAUGCUCAAGACCUCCAUGCAGCAAACCACAUAAGAUAUUAUUGUGAUAAAUUAAAGAAGACCUAAGUAAGUGGUGGAAAGUUAUAUCACGCUCAUGGAUCGGAUUAUUCAAUAUUGGAAUGAUGUCACUAAUUCCCAAAUUGAUCUUCAGAUUCACGGCAUUGCCGACUAAAAGAAACAGGUUUUGUUUUUGAAACUGAUGAGCCGAUUCUGCAACUUAUAAGAACAUGCAAAGGGCCAAGACUAACCAAGAGUCACUUGAAGAAGAGCAAGAAGGAAGGACAUGCUCUCCUGGAUAUUAAGAUAUGUUAUAUAUUUAAUAUAGUGUGUUAUUGAUACAAGGGUGAACAAAUAGGCAUUGGAUCAGAAUAGAGAGCACUGAAACAGACCUACCCCUAUGAGGACAGGUGGUUAUUGGCAAAGGUAAUAUUGUUGAUUGUUUCCCAGAAACAAUCUUUUUAAAAAUGGUGCUGGGUCCAUUGAAUACCCAUAGUGGAAAAAAAAAAAUGAGUCCUGUGUGCUACCUCAAAUAUUAAUCCCAGGUAGAUUAUAGGCCUAGAAGUGAAAGGCAAAGCAGUAAAGAUUUUAGAAAAUAAUAAGCAGAAUGUCUUCAUGAUAAUGCAGGAAAGAUUUUUUAAACAGGCCACAAAAAUCACUAUUUUACAAAACAAAACAGAAAAUUUAAUGACAUCUGUUCAUCAAAAGAUUCCACUAAGAAAGUGAAAAGGCAAACCACGGAGUGGAAGAAGAUAUUUGUGACACAUACAUCUUCCAUUUCCAGAGUAUAUAAAGAGCCCCUAUAAUUUAAUAAUUAUAGGAUCCCAGUAGAAAACAAUGGGCCAGAAGCUGAAACAGGCACAUUACAAAUGAGGAUUUCCAAACGACCAUACGCAGAGGUGUUCAGACCUAUUAUUAGUCUAGGAAAUGCAGUUCAGACUACAGUGAGAUACCACUACCUACCUACCAGAAUAGCUGAAAUUAAAAAGACUGACAGUGCAAAGAGGUGGCAAGAUGUAGAGCAAUGGGAACUCUCAUACAGUGCUGAUGGGAAUGCAAAUUAUGGUGUAUACCUACUAUGAAAUGCUGUGAUCCAUUGGAAGAAAAUCAGAACUGUCUCUAUAUGCUGACAUAGAAAGACGUCAAGCUGUAGUUUUAGAUGAGAAAUGAAAAUCCAGAAUAAAUAUGCAUGCUAUGACCCCAUUUAUCUAAAGGAGACAGGAGGUGAUGCAAAGCUGUGGCAUUGGUGUUGCCAUAAAAAAUCUGGCUGCAACAGCGAUUAAAUUCCCAAACCAAAGUUAAUGCAGUGAGCAAAUACAGACAAAGGAGGACACAUGCAAGGAGUGAGAGAGCUGAAUAGAGCCAGAGAAGGAUAAAGGGUGCAGAAGGUUGAAUCACUGGACAAUGCCACAUGCUUUGUGGACGGUGUGGGUCUUAGGGGCCGUAAUCAGCCUCUCCAAGGAAGGGGUCCCUGAUCAGCCUUCUUCUCUGUCUUGUGAUCCCACUGGUGUCUGCGAUGGCCGCUCCAGAUCUUUAAACUCCAUCCCCUCAGGCCUCACGGCAGCUGUGAAAAGUCUUGACCUGUCCAACAACAAGAUCGCCUCUGUCGGCAACAGUGACCUGUGGAAGUGUGUGAACCUCAAGGCCCUGAGGCUGGGGUCCAAUGGCAUCAACACCAUAGAGGAAGACUCUUUUUCCUCCCUGAGGAGUCUUGAACAUUUGGACUUGUCCAAUAAUCACUUAUCUAAUUUAUCGUCCGCCUGGUUCAGGCCCCUUUCUUCUUUAAAAUUCUUAAACUUACUGGGAAGCACUUACAAAACACUCGGGGAAACAUCUCUUUUUUCUCAUCUCACCAAUUUGCGAAUCCUGAAAGUGGGAAAUAUUCACUUCACUGAGAUUCAGGGAAAGGAUUUUGCUGGGCUCACUUUCCUUGAAGAACUUGAGAUUGAUGCUACAAAUCUCCAGCGGUAUGAACCCAAGAGUUUCAAAUCAAUUCAGAACAUCAGUCAUUUGAUCCUUCGUAUGAAGCAGCCUGUUUUACUGCCAGAGAUUAUUCUAGAUACUUUGAGUUCCUUGGAAUAUUUUGAACUGAGAGAUACUCAUUUAAACACUUUCCAUUUUGCAGAAGUAUCUGACCCUGAAACCAAUACAUUGAUUAAAAAGUUCACAUUUAGAAAUGUGAAAAUCACUGAUGAAAGUUUUGAUGAAAUUGUGAAGCUGUUGAAUUAUAUUUCUGGAGUGUCAGAAGCAGAGUUUGAUGAGUGUACUCUUGAUGGGCUUGGUGAAUUUAGGACACCGGAUAUAGACAAAAUUAAAGUUAUAGGUAAGCUAGAGACAUUAACGAUACGGAGGUUGCGUAUUCCACAGUUUUACUUAUUUCAUGAUCUGAGUAGUAUUUAUUCACUUACAGAAAGAGUUAAAAGGAUCACAAUAGAAAAUAGUAAGGUUUUUCUGGUUCCUUGUUCACUUUCACAACAUUUAAAAUCAUUAGAAUAUUUGGAUCUCAGUGACAAUUUAAUGGUUGAGGAAUACUUGAAAAACUCAGCCUGUGAGCGUGCCUGGCCCUCCCUCCAAACCUUAAUUUUAAGGCAAAAUCAUUUGACGUCAUUAGGAAAAACUGGAGAAACUUUGCUUACUCUGAAAAACCUGACUAAACUUGACAUCAGCAAGAACAGUUUUCAUUCUAUGCCUGAAACUUGUCAGUGGCCAGAAAAGAUGAAAUAUUUGAAUUUAUCCAGCAUAAGAAUAGAUCGUUUAACCCAAUGCAUUCCCCAGACACUAGAAGUUUUAGAUAUUAGCAAUAACAAUCUCAAUUCAUUUUCUUUGAUUUUGCCACAAGUCAAAGAACUUUAUAUUUCCAGAAAUAAGUUGAAGACUCUACCAGAUGCCUCCUUCUUACCCAUGUUAUUAGUCAUGAGAAUCAGCAGAAACACAAUAAAUACUUUCUCUAAGGAGCAACUUGAUUCUUUUCAAAAAUUGAAGACUUUGGAAGCUGGUGGCAACAAUUUCAUUUGCUCCUGUGAGUUCCUGUCUUUCACUCAGGAGGAGCAGGCACUGGACCAGAUCCUGAUCGACUGGCCAGAAAACUACCUGUGUGACUCUCCCUCCCACGUGCGGGGCCAGCGGGUUCAGGACACUCAUCUCUCGGUCUCUGAAUGCCACAGGACAGCUCUGGUGUCUGCUGUGUGCUGUGCCCUUUUCCUGUCGAUCCUGCUCACUGGGGUUCUGUGUCACCAUUUCCAUGGACUGUGGUACAUGAAAAUGAUGUGGGCCUGGCUCCAGGCCAAAAGGAAGCCCAGGACAGCUCCCCAAAGGGACAUCUGUUAUGACGCCUUCGUGUCUUACAGUGAACGGGACUCCUACUGGGUGGAGAACCUCAUGGUCCAGGAGCUGGAGCACUUCAACCCUCCCUUUAAGUUGUGUCUUCAUAAGCGGGACUUUAUUCCUGGCAAAUGGAUUAUUGACAAUAUCAUUGACUCGAUUGAAAAGAGCCACAAAACCAUCUUUGUGCUUUCUGAAAACUUUGUGAAGAGUGAGUGGUGUAAGUACGAACUGGACUUCUCCCAUUUUCGUCUCUUUGAUGAGAACAAUGAUGCUGCCAUUCUCAUUCUUCUGGAGCCCAUUGAGAAAAAGGCCAUUCCCCAGCGUUUCUGUAAGCUGCGGAAGAUAAUGAACACCAAGACCUACCUGGAGUGGCCCACUGAUGAAGCUCAGCAGGAGGGGUUUUGGUUAAAUUUGAGAGCCGCCAUAAAGUCCUAGGUUCCUUCAUUAAAGGCCAGUCUUGGUUUGCUGGUGGUCUUUAUAUCACUAGUUGUAACUAGGUCCAUUUUGACACACUUAUAUGUAACCCACAUGAAUGUACUGUCAUUUGAGGCCUUGCUUACUAAAACGACUAAAACUCAGAUUUUAUCUAGAGUGCUGUUUUAUAAAAACUGCUACCAGAUUGAAAAAAAUCGUUUUUGGUUUUUCUUUAUCCUAUGAGAUAAUCAGGAUCUGAGUGCAUUAUUGAUACCUGAAUUAGCUGUAGCAAUUGGCUUAGUUCAUUCAGAAAGGGCACAAAUGAAUAGAUUUCAGCCGGAUGUGUCCGUCAGCUUUCUGCAAGGAGAGGCAUCCAUGUCAAUCGAGGGCCUUCUCCAUCCCACCCAGCGGUCUCCUCCCUGUGUGACCGCACUCUAGAGCAUCAAAGCAAAACGCUUCACUCACUCAGCCAAACUUCUUGUUAUUCCUAGAAAAAAGUGUUGUGUGUCCCCAUUAAACUUUACAGGAUACAAAAUA